AUGUCCGAUGAAGGUGUUGUUCCCGGGGAGGUUGUUGAGCGUGUUAAUGAGGAGGAUGAGCCACAGAGUCCUCAGUCGAAGCAGUCAAUGCCGAUAUUCAGUCCCGCUCAGAGCGUUCACCGGCCUGGUAUGCCCCAGUCAUUUCGUCUUGGCAUGAGGCCACCCAUCAUGCCACCGAUGGGCUGUCGUGGUCCGGUGAUACGAGGGCCGCGUCCCAUGGGCAUGAGAGUUGGCCCACUUGGUAUGCGGCCCCCUGGAAUGCCAGGGUACAGGGGUCCACCUAGGCCUUUUGAUGGGCCACCGCGACCUUUUGACAUUUCACAUAGAGGGCCUCCUAGGUACCCUCCACAGCGUUUUCCGAUUAGAAUGAGUGAAGGUGACCCUAGUGGUGAGAAUAUGGAUGGCUACUAUGAUCAGGAAUGUUUUCCGGAAGAUUUUCAACAAAUGCCGCCGGGCAUCCGUCCUCGUGUUCCACCACCUCCAAGGGGCUUUGGGCCACCACCUGGACCAUUCCUGGGUGGUCCUCCGUGCCCAAGACCGAUGAUGAACGGAGGUCCGAAUGUGCCCGAAAUGGGACCACCGGGUUAUGGUCCGCCAAGAGCAGGCUAUAUGGCGCCCCCCAGAAGUGUUCCUCCCCCUGGAGGCACUUAUCCGCCGGGAUCGCCCAAUGGGCAAGGCGUUCCACCGUAUGAUGGUCAAUCGGGAGCGCCACCACCGACUGGUGCACCUUCGCAUCAGUAUGGAAUGCCAUCACAGUCUAGUGUUUCAGCAGGCGGCGACAUGUCACAGCCAGCGCAAGAAGUUGAUGCUUCUUCUAGCGGUAUGCCACAAACUGGUGGACCGCUUUUACCAUCUGGACCGUCUGACGGCGACGUAUCAUCUACCAUUCAUUCUGGGCAAAUGCCACCUAGUUCCAUGCCACCAUACCCAAUUCCGCCCUAUGGCACCUCACAAGGCGUUUAUCAACCGGGAGUGUCGUCAUUGCCGAGCGGGCCGCCGGGAUCCUUCAUGCCAAUGGCUUUUCCACCAUCAGCAGUUCCACCUAUGAUGCACGCUGGGCCCAUGGGGAUGUACAACAUGCCACCACCUUCACAGCGUGGGAUGCCGCCGAGCAACUUCCCUGGUGUACCACCCCUACCUGGACAGCCACCAGUACAGUCUUUGGGAGCCUCAGCUCCAUCUUCCAAUUCCAAGGAGGAAAUAUGGAUUGAAAAUGUCGCUGCGGAUGGCAAGGUCUACUACUACAAUAUGCACAGCCGCGAAACGCGAUGGGAUCGUCCUGACAGUGUUACUAUAAUCAGGCAAGGUGAUGUUGAAAAACCAGGAAAUGUUCCUUCAUCACAAGCUCCUGCUGUUAGUCAACCCUCGAGCAUUCCAAUCCAAGCGAAUCCGCUACCUGUGAAGCCGCCUGAUGUUGCUGCAUGGACUGAGUACCAGAGUGGUGAUGGCAAAUCCUACUUCCACAACAGUCAAACAGGUCAAACAACAUGGGAGAAGCCGCAGGUUCUCAUCGAUUGGGAAGGUGCGGGUGGAUCCAAAGAUAUGGGUGACCCGCAGUCGAAGACAUCGGUUGCGCCGGCACCGUCCACAAACUCGCAAGACAAGCUCCACUCCGGUUCAAAUGACAUCUCCACGGACUCUAAGCCUUCCCAGAGUCAGCAAUCAUCGGUCGUUGAAAGGAAACCUGAGAGUUCAUCUCGACAGCCGACUGUGGAGCAUCAGCUUGAACCCGAAAAGGAAAAGGAAGCAGAGCAAAAGGAUACUAGCCGACCUAUAUCCAGUACAGCUGUUACCGGAACGCCAUGGUGUGUGGUCUGGACUGGCGAUGGUCGGGUCUUCUUUUUCAAUCCUAGUAAACGCAUUAGUGUUUGGGAAACGCCCGAGGAGCUGAAGGGUCGUGCGGAUGUUGAGCGUUUGCUUGAGAAGCCGCCUAAUGAGGAAAAGGAUUCUAUUGAUGUCGACAACGAGAGAUCCGGGACACCAGCGCCACAGGAUCCUCCAAUCAAAAAGGCACGGUUAGAGGAGGCAACGACGAGGCGCCAAGUGGAAGCUCAGGACGUAACUUCGAGGACUGAAAUGAUGGUGGUGGACGAGGGAGCGAAGCAACACAUUGGUGAACUGGCUACGAUAGACACGGCGAAGGAGGCAUUUGAACGGGCCGCAAAGGAUCAAGCUAGCCUACCGCUUGAAGUCCGCCUUCAGCAAUUUCGACAGAUGUUAAUUGAUAAGCAGGUAUCGGCUUUCUCCACCUGGGACAAGGAAUUGCAUAAGAUUGUAUUCGAUCAGAGGUACCUCUUGCUCACUUGUGAAGAAAGAAAGCAGGCGUUCGAGGCAUAUGUAAGGGAGCGAGCAGAGGAAGAGCGACGUGAAAAGAAAAAUAAAAUGCGGGAAAAGAAGGAGGGGUUUAAUGAGCUUCUCACAGGAGCCAAUCUUAACCCAAAGUCUUCAUUCUCGGAUUUCGCUUCAAAAUAUGGUCGAGAUGAAAGAUUUAAAGGUAUAGAAAAGUCUCGCGAGCGGGAGUCCCUCUUCCAAGCUUUUCUUUCGGAUUUGCGUCGUCGGGAAAAGGAAAAGUCGAGUCAGAAAGACAAAACCACUCAGGACAGAUUUCUUAUCUAUAUGCCGGUCGCCAAGGGAUUUUGUACAAUCAUCGUACAAACCGGAAAGACCGUGAAGGCUGAAUUUGGUCAGGUUUGUUUUGCUUCACAACCAAACUAUCUGUGUGCUUGUGAGGUUCGCGAAAAUUGUGGUGGCGUUUUCACAGGUGAUAUCUUCGAUUCCUGCACGUUGUAG